AUGUGGCCAGUGCGUAAUUUUGCUCUGGAAGAAAAAAGCAAAAUUUGCAUACUUUUAUUGAAUGGUCUGGAGGAAAGGGGCGGCGACACGAAGAAGACCAACCAGUACAUCGCUGCUGUUGCGGCCGCCAUCGGUGCUGUGAUCGCCGGCACCAUUCUUGCGUGGACCUCGCCCGCCCUGCCACAGCUGGAGCCCCCGAAGAACGUCACUGCUGCCAACUCCACUGCCACCAAUGCCACAGCGACAAUCCUCGCCGUCGCCAAUGGCAGCUCACCCGUGCUGAUCAACUCACUCGGGCAGCCGGCCGAUUUCCUCCUCGACACAAAGGACAGUUCACUGGUGUCAUCGAUAUUGGCUAUUGGGGCGGCCCUGAGCGCUCUACCCGUAGGGGUCCUAGCGGAGCGCAUGGGUAGGAGGCCCACCAUACUUCUCCUGGCCGUACCCUUUAUGAUCAACUGGCUGCUGACGAUUUUCGCCAACGGAGCUGGCAUGCUGAUAGCCGCACGCUUCUUCGCGGGUCUGGCUACCGGUGGUAUUUGCGUGACGGCACCAAUGUAUAUCGGCGAGAUUGCUGAGACGUCCAUCCGUGGGUCGCUGGGUGCGUUCUUCCAGCUGUUCCUCACCGUGGGGAUCCUUCUGACCUUCGUCAUCGGCGGAUGGACGCACUGGCGCACCCUAUCCAUCAUCUCUGCUGUGUUGCCGCCGCUACUCGUUGCCGUAUUCUGGUGGAUGCCAGAGACCCCGCAAUACCUGUUGAGCCGGAACCGUCGCCGUGAUGCCGAGAAGGCCCUGCGCUGGCUGCGAGGGCCUGACGCCGACCUCACCAGCGAGCUGGAGGACAUGCAGAAAGAUGUGGACGACGCUUCCAGGCAACGGGCGGGCAUGAUGAGCAUGGUCACCAACCGGGCCUCCUUGAUGGCCCUCGUCUGCUCCCUCGGGCUGAUGUUCUUCCAGCAGUUCAGCGGCAUCAACGCCGUCAUCUUCUACACGAACAACAUUUUCCAAUCGGCCGGCUCCAAUAUACCGCCCGCUAUCGCCACAAUCAUCGUAGGAGUGGUGCAGACUAUCGCCACUUAUAUAUCAUCAUUGCUGGUCGAGAGGGCCGGUAGACGGAUCCUGCUUCUCCAGAGCUGCAUCAUCAUGGGUGUAUGCUUGGUCGUUCUUGGCGUGUACUUCAAGCUGCAGACUGACGGUGUGAAUGUCGCUACCGUCGGCUGGAUUCCUCUCGUCUGUCUCGUUCUGUUCAUUAUCUCCUUCUCGCUCGGCUUCGGUCCCAUACCGUGGAUGAUGAUGGCGGAGCUGUUCUCCGUGGAGUUCAGGGGCUCGGCGUCGGGCAUUGCGGUGAUCACGAACUGGUGUUUGGUGUUCGUCGUGACCCUUUGCUUCCCGCUGAUGAAGGACGCGAUUGGUAUUCACAGCUGCUUCUGGUUCUUCGCCGCUUUCAUGGUGAUCUGCGUGUUCUUCGUAUUCUUUUUGAUACCGGAAACUAAAGGGAAGACCGUGAGCCAGAUUCAAGCGAUACUGGGUGGUAAGAAGGUG